AUGCCCCUCUAUUCGUCUCUCUACCAGAACCUUUUUCGUCAAGGUGUCGCGAAAUCUCUUACCCACGGUUACGCGCAGUCGCUCGUCGCCGCCACCCACCCCCAUGUUCUAAACUCCCAGAAUCGGCCCUCGUUCGCGAGGCGCAACAGCCAGCGUGCAGGGCCAAUCUCCGCCUUCCAGCUUCAUGGCGCCUUCCACACUGUCACCCACAACAAUGCCACGCUACCUCAGGACAGGCAUCAUGACAAGGCCGUCAUCCAGGGUGGUCUAGAUGGCUAUUUCGAGGCUCUCCAGAAGCAUCAGGUCGCCGAGGAUGCCGAGAAGGAAUGGUCAUUUCAAUUCCAGAAGUCGAUUGAGUGGAAGCCCCAGGCGGCGACGAUCCUUGGGCCCGACGCCGACGCUACCGCUAUCCAGUCCGAGGAGACUGUCGCCAUCCAAGCUGCCCAAGCAGACGAGAUCGCCAGGCUUCCAAUACCGGUGGAUGCAGAAGCUGCGCUCGCGCAUAUCGAUGCUGCCCUGUCCAAAGAGCUCGAGGCUCGCGAGCUGCAGGAGGAGCUUGAGGAACGCUUGUCUUCGCGAGCCCCCUCUCCAGCCCUUGAAGGUAGCCGUCUCCCAAGCAGGUCUGCCACACCAGCUCCUGAGCAUGUUGCAACACCCGUCAGUAUCACAAGCAUUGCCACUCCUGUCGAUCCCCAAUCGCGCACGUAUGCGGAUCAUCUCACCCGGCUCUGCGAAGAUGGACGCUACGCCGAGAUCCCUACAGUCUUCGAGACUAUGCUCGUUGCUGGCGUCCAGCCCAUUGCGCCUGCCUAUAACGCUCUGCUCUCCGCAGCAAUCAACAUCCCUGUGGAGCGCAACCAGGUCGUAAGUAAGGCUUUGGACGUAUAUGCCGACAUGAAGCGCCGCGAAAUCCGCCCCGACGCUGAGACGUACAACAUUUUGGUGGGACUCCUCGCCGAGCGCUCCCUGGAGGUCAUUGCCAUCAAGACCUCUUUCGAGCAGCGCAGGCUACGAUACGGUGGGAUGGAGGAACCCGGCCAGUUCAUGUUCGCAUCCACAGAGCUUGACUUCGCCAUUGUAUCUGAGGAUGAACGACUGGACCUCGCCAUGAAGUUGUUCGAAUCCUCAGUACUGACACGCAAGACAAACUAUUCAUCGGAGACCUACCAUCAGCUCAUUACGGCUUGCGCCCAGGCUGGUCGUGUCCCAGAUAUGCUUCGCCUUUUCGACCACAUGGAGCUCAGCGACGUUGUUCCUUUCGCUGCGACAUUCCCUGCCAUGAUCAAUGCCUUUGCCAAGACUGGCGAUCUCGCCAGCGCCGUGGAAUGCUACAACGAGUACAAGGAGCUUGCCGUGUCUCACGACGGUGGCAAGUACAGUCUCAACGACCGCCUGGACGCCCACGUUUAUGCUGCAGUCGUUCGCGCAUACGUUGUGAACGACCGCCUUGACGGGGCCAUGCGCUUUUUCGAGAAGGUUGUUGCAUCCCACGGCGAAGCCUCGCAGAAGCUUCAGGACGAUGUCAUCGGCGGUGGCUUCGUCAAAGGCUUUUUGGACCGGGGCGUGUAUCACGAGGCGCUUGAAUGGGCGCAGGCUCUCGAACUCGAGGGACGGUUCCCCUGCAUGAUUGACAUCGCUACCGCUGCGGCCGAUGCCGAGGAUAAGAUGACCGCUGUUGCUGCCUUCGCCAAUGUCCCAAGUGGCACCUUGGGUAUCGCCAAGCCUGCGAUGGCUCUCUUGGCCAUGAGUAUUCGGCAAGGUGAUGUUCCCGCCGCUGCGCGCUACUGGGACCUGCUCAGUAGUAUGGAGGUCGAUGCGACGUUCAUCGAGCCAACGGCCAUGUAUGCUGUUGCCCUGAUCGGAUCUGGCCAAGUUGGUGAAGGCCUCGUCGAAUCUGAGAUUAUGUUGCAGCGCAUCCGUGACACCGGCGCCGAGGUUGCGGAUGAGAUUGAGGAGGCUGUCGAUUUUAUUGCUAGCUUCAUGGCCAGCCACAACCUCCAGGAUCCGCGCGAGGUCGCCUCUCAGUCGGUCUUUCCUACAAACACUUUUGUUGCAUCGCCUUACUCCACGUCCCAGACUGCGUCCAGCUACGAGGAUACCUUCGACCCUUAUGCCCAUAGCACGGACUUCAAGGGUUCGUCGCUGAUCUCUGACGAGCUGGACGGUGCUCAUGGCCGCAAGGGUCCGAGACUUGGUGAUGCACUGGCCCGCUUUCGCAAUAUGCGCCGUGCUGGUCGCCAUCCGCGGUACAUUACCUACGCGAAGCUUAUCUCAGCCGCUGCCCGCGAGGGCAAGAUGGAUACAUGCCACGAUAUUCUGUCUAUGGCUCGCACCGACGUUCCGCUCCUGCCUCAAUAUGCUGUUGUCCGGUACGGAUGGUCCUCCAUUCUCGACGCAAUGGUUGGUGCCUGCCUGACUUUGGGCGAUCGCAUCCUUGCCGAGCAGUACCACAGGGAACUGCUUGACUUUGGUGCCGCACCAUCCGCAAAUACAUUUGGCCUGUACAUCACCAGCUUGAAGGAGUCAACGAAGACCUUUGAUGAGGCGUCUGAAGCUGUCAAGAUCUUUCACCGUGCCAAGGCUGAGGGUGUGGAACCUUCCUCGUUUCUCUACAACGCGUUGAUUGGCAAACUCGGCAAGGCACGUCGAAUCGAUGACUGCCUGUUCUACUUCGCUGAGAUGCGCUCACUGGGAAUCAAGCCCACCAGCGUGACCUAUGGCACAAUUGUCAACGCCCUGUGCCGCGUCAGCGACGACAAAUUCGCGGAAGAACUCUUCGACGAGAUGGAAGCAAUGCCCAACUACAAGGCGCGGCCCGCUCCCUACAAUAGCAUGAUGCAGUUCUUCCUGACCACAAAGCGAGAUAAGGCUAAGGUUCUCUCAUACUAUGAACGUAUGAAAGCCAGAGGCAUCACGCCAACCGCUCACACAUACAAGCUUCUCGUCGACACCCACGCGACACUGGAACCUGUCAACAUCACGGCCGCCGAGGCCGUACUCGACAUGAUUCGGGCCUCGGGCCAGCAGCCUGAGCCUGUCCACUACUCCUCACUGAUUCAUGCCCGUGGUUGUGUUUUGCACGAUCUCGAAGGUGCUCGCAAGGUCUUUGACUCAGUAAUGGCGGAUCCCACGAUACAGCCAAGUGCGUGUUUGUUCCAGGCCAUCUUCGAGGCAAUGGUCGCCAAUCACUGCGUUCUCGACACGGAGCCGGUCCUGGCCAAUAUGCGCCAACGUCGUGUUGAACUUACUCCCUACAUCGCCAACACUUUGAUCCAUGGCUGGACAGGCGCUCGGAACAUCGAGAAGGCCAAAUCGGUCUACGACAGCGUUGGCCUCGAAAGGCGUGAGCCAAGUACAUACGAAGCGAUGACUCGUGCUUUCCUGUCGGUGGAGAACCGCCAUGGCGCACAGGCCGUCGUGAGUGAGAUGCUCUCGCGCGGCUACCCCAACGCUGUAGUCAACAAGGUUCUCGAGCUUCUUGGUGGCGGCAACCCCUCUGAAAUCAACGCUGUUUGA